AUGUCAACCUCCUUCCUCCGAGCCGUCCUGAUGGCAAUCUCCCUCACGGCAGUCGUGAACGCAGCCAUCCCCAAAGCGAACGAAUACACCAGCGGCGACUGUUCCGGCGACCUCAACUUCGGCCAUCGCUCCCCAUUCCUUGAAACCGUCACCAUGGACGAUACUACCCACUCGGUAUAUCUCGCUGGUGCGGCCGCUGAUCUUGAAUGGCAAGCUUUCAGUGGCAAGAGUAAAAACGAUGGGGUCUGUAUUGGAAAACACCUCGGGCCGUUGGGCGGGGAAUGCCAGAAUCUUGAUACGGUGUAUGGGGAGCGGACGAAUUGUCUCAGGCUUUGUCAGAUGAAAUAUAGUGGGGGCCCGGUUCUCUCUACUUGCUUUGAGCCUGCUUAA